UAUCCAAAGUCUUAACAAUCAUAACGGACGCAUAAAAAACCUCUCCUGCAUUUUUGCUUUCGACUUUCAUGUGCUCUCCGAAUUGAGGAAAUCCAAGACCACGUAAUUCGCCGAUACAACAUCUGAGUAUAUCCACUCUCUGCAACAAUGGCGGCUUCGUUGCACGCACACGGUCUCAAAUUUUCGAGUCACAGAUUCAUGAACCGGCUCGGAUUCUCGAAUUCCGUUGCUUCGCGUUCUAGAUUGUUCUGUGAGAAAAUUGGUGAUUCUUCUAGGAGGAGAGCGGCCACGAUGAAGCUAGUAAAAGUCGGUGCCAAGAAUGGAGGAGGAGUGCAGGCUGUGCUUAAAGAAAACGUGAUAGGGAAUCAAUUUUUUGGUGGAAAUGCGGAGGGUUUCACGUGUGUGAUGAAGUUCGGUGGAUCGUCCGUGGCGUCGGCGGAGAGGAUGAAAGAGAUCGCCACUCUUAUUCUCAGUUUUCCAGAGGAACGGCCCGUCGUUGUUCUCUCUGCUAUAGGAAAAACUACUAACAAACUGCUUGUGGCCGGAGAGAAGGCUGUCAGUUGUGGAGUCUCUAAUGCUUCGGAAAUCGAGGAAUUGGGAUCUGUAAAGGAGCUGCAUCUUAGGACGGUAGAAGAACUUGGUGUUGAUCGCUCUGUGGUCUCUGCUCUCUUGGAAGAACUAGAGCAACUUCUGAAAGGAAUAGCUAUGAUGAAGGAGUUAACACCUCGCACGAAAGACUACUUGGUUUCAUUUGGCGAGUGCAUGUCCACGAGAAUCUUUGCUGCUCAUCUGAAUAAAAUCGGUAUUAAAGCACGCCAAUACGACGCAUUUGAUGUUGGUUUUAUAACCACAGACGAUUUCACGAAUGCAGACAUCUUGGAAGCAACUUACCCAGCUGUUGCCAAGAGAUUACAUGGUGAUUGGGUUAAGGAUCCUGCAAUUCCCGUUGUUACCGGCUUCCUUGGGAAGGGCUGGAAAUCUUGUGCGGUUACCACCUUGGGUAGGGGCGGUAGUGAUUUGACAGCUACAACCAUUGGCAAAGCUUUAGGCUUGCAGGAAAUUCAGGUGUGGAAAGAUGUUGAUGGCGUCUUGACCUGUGACCCUACCAUUUAUCCACGUGCUGAACCUGUACCUUAUUUGACAUUUGACGAGGCAGAGGAGCUUGCAUGCUUUGGUGCUCAGGUACUACACCCACAAUCCAUGAGACCAGCCAGAGAGGGUGAUAUCCCUGUUAGGGUCAAGAAUUCAUACAACCCUCAAGCUCCCGGCACCCUCAUUACUAAAACAAGAGAUAUGAGCAAGGCUGAGCUGACCAGCAUAGUUUUAAAGCAGAAUGUUACCAUGGUGGAUAUCGUCAGUACCCGCAUGCUCGGUCAAGUCGGGUUCCUUGCAAAGGUGUUCUCAAUAUUCGAAGGUUUGGGCAUAUCUGUGGACGCUGUGGCUACUAGUGAAGUUAGUGUAUCUUUGACAUUAGAUCCUUCUAAACUUUGGAGCAGAGAACUGAUCCAGCAGGCAAGUGAACUUGAACGUGUAGUGGAAGAGCUUGAGAAAGUUGCAGAGGUGAAUCUCCUGCAAUAUAGAUCAAUCAUCUCUCUCGUUGGCAAUGCUCAGCGUUCCUCGUUGAUGCUUGAGAAGGUAUUUCGUGUUCUACAAAGCAAUGGAGUUAAUGUUCAGAUGAUAUCACAAGGGGCGUCAAAGGUGAAUAUUUCAUUGAUAGUAAAUGAUAGUGAAGCUGAACAAUGUGUGAAGGCCCUUCACCGCUACUUUUUCGAGAGCGAUGGUGCUGUGCAUCUGAACCGAUUAUUGGAUGGUGAACACAGGAAUGGCUCGGCUCUACCAUUGCGGGUAGAAAAGCAUUGACCCAUCAUUCUUUUUCUGUUUUCUUCAUACGCAACGGUCUAUUUUAAUGGAUAGAAAAAAAAAAUACUGCAUAUUACAUUCUCAAUUGUACUCUUAUCUACCUAUCUUAGUAUCAUUAAAUUUGUCAUUAAUAAUUAACCUAAUGAUUGAUGGGGAAUAAGAAAUGUUGGGUCCUUUAGUACCCUUUACAAUGAGUUAGACAAUUGAAAUUCAAAUUCAAAAGUGAGGAAAUGUUUGUAUUUUUUUUUUAUCUAAUUUAUUAGAGUUAGUAAUCAAAUAAUUCCACAUUGGAAAAGAAAACAUAAUUAGCUUAUAAACAGAAAUUAAAAUUAACAAUUUUCAAGAAGUCACUAAGAAAGCCAAGUCUCAAAUAAACAACAUAACAGAAUUAAGAGAGAGAGAUAAUAUUUGUAAUCGUGAGUGUGCUAACAUCGCACAAUCCCUUUAAAAAAAGUGAAUAAAUACAGGAUCUAU